GGAGUGUAACAAGCCUGUUCCUGGAAGCAAAAUAAACAAGAUGGCGACGUUGAAGAGUUGCCUGUGGUGGUGCUAAUUAUUAUUAUUAGCCAGUUAGUUGGUUAGAGGAGAGGCGCAGUUCUCUGCUCAUCACCCAGCAGGAGAGCCACAACCUAGAUCCGCACAACAACAGUUUAUUCCUCCUCUUGAUGCAUAGAGCACGAGAAUGGACAACGGGAGCCAGACAUCACCUUCAAGCAAGCAAGUGUGCAAGAGAACCCAGUAUGAAGAUCCCUUCGCUCUGCACUCCCUUCUCUCUACCUCAGGAAGCCUUUUGGAUAAUGAAAACUCCCUUUUCUUGGGGCCACUGAUACCACCCUUACGGAGCCUUGAAGAUCAAUGUGAGGGUAGUAAUCCUCGUGCUGCAACUGGACGAGGAGGAUUCCUACAGCCUUCAAGUGCUCCCACAUCUCCUCAGCAUAGACAUAGUAGUGCCACGUCCCCCCCACCACUCUCUCCUGUUCCUCUUGGUGCCUCUGUUGCCUCCACGUCGUCGGACCCAAACUUUCAUGCAACCAGUCUUCGCGAGAGAAAUGCUGCAAUGCUUAACAACGAACUCAUGGCUGAUGUUCAUUUUGUUGUUGGUCAACCAGGGAGCACUCAGAGAAUUCCAGCUCAUAAGUAUGUGCUGGCUGUGGGGAGUAGUGUGUUCUACGCCAUGUUUUAUGGGGGAUUAAAAUCCGAGGAAGAGGUUCAGGUGCCUGAUGUGGAGCCGUCUGCAUUUCUCACUUUGCUUAGGUAUCUUUACUGUGAUGAAAUUCGCUUGGAACCAGAUACAGUUCUAGCAACUCUGUAUGCUGCUAAAAAGUACCUCGUGCCCCAUUUAGCUCAGCAGUGCGUGAAAUUUCUCGAAGUGUCCUUGACAGCUCGAAAUGCUUGCCUGCUUCUCUCUCAGUCUCGUCUCUUUGAAGAGCCUGAAUUGAUGACACGCUGUUGGGAAGUCAUCGAUGCUCAAGCUGAGAUGGCUCUUCAGUCUGAUGGGUUUGUUGACAUCGACUUUCCAACUCUGACUAGUGUCUUAUCAAGGGAAACUUUGAACUGCCGAGAAAUUGUACUCUUUGAUGCAGCAUUAUCCUGGGCUGAAGCGGAGUGCAUACGUCAAGAACUGGAGCUGACAGCUGAAAAUAAACGAAAGGUUUUAGGUACGGCAUUGAACUUAAUUCGUAUCCCCUGCAUGGAACUGGGAGAGUUUGCUAAUGGAGCGGCACAGUCUGGAAUCCUCUCAUUACAGGAGACUACAGACCUUUUCUUACAUUUCACUGCUCGCAACAAACCAACAGUUUCGUACCCAAUUAAACCAAGACAAGGCCUCAAGAAACAGAUCUGCCACAGAUUUCAGUCUUCAGCUUACAGAAGUAAUCAGUGGCGUUACAGAGGAAGAGUUGAUUCAAUUAACUUUAUGGUGGAUAAAAGAAUAUUUGUUGUUGGCUAUGGUCUUUAUGGCUCGUCGAGUGGUGCGGCGGACUAUAAUGUCAGGAUUGAGUUGAAGAAAUAUGGGGAGGUACUAGCAGAGAGCACAACUAAGUUCUUCUCUGAUGGUUCCUCCAAUACCUUUCACGUCUACUUCACACACCCAGUGCAAGUGGAACGUGAUGUGUAUUAUACUGCAUCGGCAAUUUUAGAUGGAGCUGAACUGUCGUACUUUGGUCAAGAAGGGAUGAGCGAGGUUAAUAUGGGGGCUCUCACUUUCAUGUUUCAUUGCUCAUCGGAGAGUACUAAUGGUACGGGAGUUCAGGGAGGCCAGAUUCCUGAACUUAUAUUUUAUGGUCCAACUCUUGAAGUAACAGAUAAAUAGUCAGUUUCUUCCAUUAGAAGAUAAUGUAAUUCUAGAAUAAACAAUGGUUAUACCAUUAAAUGUAUUAUAGAAUUUUAAGGACACCUGUAUAUGGUGGUAUCUAUCUUCCUCUUUCUAAACUGUGCAUACAAUUUUGUUCUUAUCUAGACUCUUCAUGUAAUUAAAAAAUAUUACAGUAAUUUAAACUAAAAAUAAUAUACAAAUGAUUGCUCAGCUUUUGUGAUCAUGAGAAAGAGUAACAGAGUGACAGUGCCAAAAUAAUAAUGUUCAACUUCAGUAUUUUUUACAGUGUCCCUGAGUAUCUUUAGUAAAGAGGACUGUCCUACGUUGACCAGACCACACACUAGAAGGUGAAGAGACAGCGACGUUUCGGUCCGUCCUGGACCAUUCUCAAGUCGACUUGAGAAUGAUCCAGGACGGACCGAAACGUCGUCGUCCCUUCACCUUCUAGUGUGUGGUCUGGUCAACAUACUUUAGCCACGUUAUUGUGACUCAUCGCCUGCACAGGACUGUCCUAUUCUAAAGAGAAAAACAAAUAUGAAUUUGCUUAAUAUGAAAGUAAUUUGUCAUUUUUCCGAGACUACAACGAGAGCACCCACUUUCCUCGUUUCCAUUCAGGGGAAGCAAGAUACAGGAUACAGGUGCCAUAUUUAGAGCUAGAGAUUA